AUGCAGAUCCUCGCCGCCCUCUUGCUGCUCCUUGCAGCUGCGGUGGUAUCAGCUCAGAGACAUGACUUGCCCACGAAUAACAACAUACUCGCCUCCACACCGACCGUCACCCUGGGCUACUGCACCGCCGCCACCGCUGCCAGAAACGCCUCGCUCGGCUACUACAAGUACCAAAACAUUCGCUUCGCUGCCGUUCCAACCGUGGAUCUCCGCUUCGCCAAGCCCGAAUGGCCUCCGGUCGAGACUGUACUCAACAAUGGCUCUUUGGCUGAUGCGGACGUCGACUGCUUCUCCGAGGAGGAUUGCCUGUACAUGGAUAUCUGGGCUCCUGCCAAUAGCGAGGAAAAGAAGCUUCCCGUCAUGGGCCUCUUCAACUUGACCAAGGACUUCAUCUUUGUUUCGUACAACUACAGGCUCGGUAUCACUGGCCUGGCUAACGGCCCCACCCUGCUGCACGAGGGCGGUACUUCCAACGCCGCUAUUUGGGAUGUUCAGCAUGCUUUCCAGUGGGUUAAGAAGUAUAUUGGUCAUUUUGGAGGCGGCUCGAACCAGGUUAUGGCUGUUGGUUUCUCCGCUGUUGGCUCUCAGCGGUUUGCUGGUCAUGCUGAGCAGCUCUUCGAUCGCGCCUACUUCAUGUCUCCGGGUUACGUGUCUGGCGCUGGCCACUACCAUUCGGAGACUUUCUGGCAGAACAUCUCCACUUCUGUUGGUUACGAAGCUCAGCUCUAUCGAAAACGCUUCAACUCCAAGGACCCCUUCGUAAUCAGCCACGAGCAGCACGAAGCCAACAGCCAAGCCUACACCGGCAUCAACACCAGCGAAGACGUUGCCGCGUACCUGCACAUCUUCUUCCCUGCCAUCACCAACGACGUCGACGAAAUCCUGGACCUCUAUCCCGAGCCUAACUACUCGAGCCCCGGCCUGCCCUUCGCGGACAUAAAGCAGUCGUUCGACUUAGCGGCAAAGGACUUGGCUGUCAUCCAGGCGCUGCAGAGCCAGACGUGGAACGCUAUGGUUGCUUUGGAUACGGCUAUCAAUGGCACUGGUCAGAACUACUACUCCUACAGCACCUCCUCCCUCUCCUCGUCUUUCGCUUCCUUUUCAAGCGGCUCCGUAGGUGGCCCCAGCGGCUCAUCCAACUCAAAUACCUCGAGCAACUCCUCCUCUCCCGCCGGCAGUAUGGGCGGCGGCAUGCGCGGCAGCUCCUCUGUUAACUCCACUAUCGCUAUCAUGAUGCAGAAGUACCUGCUCUCCUUCGUCUUGGCCGGUAACCCUAACACCAAGUGGGCGGACGACAAGAUCCACUGGUCGCCUUUUGUUAAUGACAUGCAGUUGGUUUUUAAUUCGACGUUUUAUCUUGACGAAGACAAUUUGAUGAACAGUAGGGUCUUGUACUGGAAUAGGGCGCUGUGGUACUAA